CACCGUACCCCAUGGGUAUCCGCGUGCUAACCCUGCUAGUGUCUUGAGACGCUGGCCCUGUGGACAUCUCCCAUCGUCGUAUUAAACGCACACCACCGCCGCCACUUCGAACCGCUCCCGUCUGUUUGCCACUAGAUCUUCUUCUUCUUCUUCUACCUCCUACGCCUCUCCCGCACCCACGGGAUCUUGGCGGCUCGAGUGUGGUAUUCAACAACAUCAGCGACAACAGCAACAACCACACGAUGGGUCAAUGGCUUCGGCUCGAGGGCGGUGCCCUACUGUACACCGUGUCCCUCCUCACCUGUCUCAGUUUCCUGCUCAUCGGAUAUGACAAUGGCCUCAUGGGCGGUCUGGUCAAUACUCCCUCCUUUGACAAUACCUUUGGAAUCAAUACCAAGACCAACUACGGCACCAACAUGAUCGCGCUCAUUGUGGCCAUUUACGAAAUUGGAUGCUUCUUCGGCGCCAUUUUUACCAGUUUCGUGGGAGAGUCUCUGGGUCGGAGAAGAUCCAUCUUUCUGGGCGUCUGCGUCAUGAUUCUGGGAGCACUCCUGCAAGCGACCGCAUACACCAAAGCGCACAUGAUUAUUGCCCGCAUCGUGUCCGGUCUGGGCAUGGGAGCCAUCAACUCAACGGCGCCCGUCAUGAUGGCAGAAUUUGCCCCCAAGGCCACGCGAGGCAUCUACGUCUGCGCGCAACUCUCGUGUCUCAACUUUGGCAUCAUGAUGGUCUACUGGAUCGACUACGGCUUUAGCAAAAUUUCCAGCGGACCCAGCUAUGCAUGGAGAGUCCCCGUGAUUCUGCAAUGCAUCUUUCUCAUUCCCAUGCUAUUCAUCAUCAUGCUGAUACCCGAUACCCCACGCUGGUUAAUCGCGCACCACCGCGGCGAAGAAGGCCUCGACGUCCUCCGCCGAGUCAACAAGGGCAAGAUGAGCGAAGCCGCCGUGCUCCGCAUGCACAGCGACAUCACCAACACAGUCGCCUACGAAGCCUCCAUCGGAGCGGGCACAUGGUCGGACCUCCUCAAAGACGACGAUAUCCAAUCUCGUCGCCGAUUCCUCAUCGCCUGCGGCAUUCAAAUUUUCCAACAACUCGGCGGCAUCAACGCUCUUAUUUACUACUCCAGCACCCUCUUCCAAGACUCCCUCAACUUCAGCAGUGAACUCUCCGCUCUCAUGUCGGGAAUCCUCAACACCUGGUUCUUCCUCGCCUCUUUCAUCCCCUGGUUCCUCAUCGACCGCGUCGGUCGCCGUCCACUCUUCCUCAGCAUGAUCUCUCUCAUGGCAGCCGUCAUGGUCGUCCAAACCGGUCUCAUCUGGAACGUCGAGAAGCAAACCGCCAUCGCCACUGCCUGCGGAGCCGGUGCCGCAGCCAUGUUAUUUGUGUUCCAAGGCGCUUUCACAAUUGGUUUCCAAGCAACAGUAUGGGUCUACCCCAGCGAAAUUCUCCCUCUCAAACUCCGUCAACGCGGCUCUGCAAUUUCCACCGCGAGUAAUUGGAUUUGCAAUUUUAUCAUCGUCUACAUUACCCCGCCUGCGAUUCGAAAUAUUGGAUAUCGUACUUAUAUCAUUUUUGCCGUUUUGAACGCAUUAUGGGUGCCUAUUAUCUAUCUUUUCUUCCCCGAAACCAAAGGUCUCGCACUCGAAGACGUCGAUCGCCUCUUCGCCAAAAACGACGAAGCACAUCGACAAAUGAGCGCUAUUGUACACGAGGUCAAAGGUGGAGAGGAAGCUGCGCACCACGAAGGAGAAGAAGAAGAAGAAGAUGUAGAGCGAAUUGGGGAUGUAGCGGGGAGAAAAUCAUGAGAUAUUGAAUAAUCGAUUUAAUUACUCUCAUGCUGGGUGGUAGUGGUGAUCUCUACUUACUUACUAGGUAAGGUAGCGGGGUUGGUUGGGUAGGAUCUUGUGUGUGUAUGUGUGUGUGUAUAUAUACCUACUUAUCUUGACUGAACAAAAUGAAACAAUGAACAAA